CUCUUGUGUUUUCUUGUCAAUGUCAAUGCCUGCGUAGAGGCAGAGCUUUGUCGUCUUGUUCUGACAAAGCAGGAAUCCCCCUUUUUGUCCUCGACCGCAGGAAUUCCGCCCACGUGGCCAGCCAGUGCUGCAGACGGACCACUCCCGUGUCUUGCAUGCACAUAGUAGGGAUGACUCGGCCAUCGAAACUUGCACCCUGUUUUUCUUCACAAAAAAACAGGAAACAAGGAGAGCAAACCUCGGAGCCAGAACGCUAAUUUUUCUGGUUGCGUCGGUGGCAGCGGGUGAAGUCAACAGAGGAAGCAGAGGAGCGGAAACAACGGUAAAGCCAGGGGAAAGUCUGCGGCCACCCUGGAGGGGAGGAUGACUGUCUUUCGCCUCGCCGUUUAGUCGUUGAGCUUCAGAGACGUGCUUCUGAGAUCUAUAAUCUUCAAUCGCGUCUCCCCCUUUUCGCCAAUUUCCAGGCCACUCGCGUACGCGCCUCUUUUUCUCCAACCCCCUGCAAUUCUGCACACGAGACAUCUCUGGCCCCUCUCACUUCUUCCUUCUUUCUCUCUUUCUCUUCCAGUGUUGAUUUCUUUCGGUGGGCUCGCCUUCCAGACUGUGAGCGCUGCCUUCGAGUUUCCGUCAGGGAGUUUUUCUCUCGUUUCUUUUGUCCUUCGGCUUAUCGCCUCAAACGCAUGUCUCCUCUCCGUCUGCGAGGUGUUGUUUCCGUACGGGAAUCUUCUUCUGACACAUUUCCCAGAGUCUUCCACUGAGAGAACGCCGGCUCUCAGGUUCUGCACUUCUCAAUUCGGCGAUGGUCCAGGCAACUAACGACUCUGAAAUUCACUCUCAAAUAUACAUACAUACAUGUUUAUACGCAUAUGCAUGUCUCUUUCAAUAUUGUUUUAUGGUGUGCAUGUAUGGACAGGGGAAGUCGGCGGACGUUUGGCAAUUUGCUUGCGGGAGUCUGUAGCUCGCCUUCACGUCGCAGUUCCUCCCGCAUUUCCCCUUUGCUCUGCUUUCUUUUCGCCUGCCUCUCACCUGCUCACUUAAAUACCGUCAAAGACCCGCUGUCUACGUCGAGGGUCUCUCCAGCCUUUUCUGCACGGUCUCUCUACGAUGCCGCGAUUCUCUCGGUCGCCCUCGGACGCAGGGGUCUUUGGCGGCCAUGGCCAGAUGUCUGCGUUCUCGAUGGAGGAGGAACGAAGACGCGAGUACGGACCUCACAGCGCACUCGUGGACAGCUUUCUCGGCAUCGGAGGAAGUCCGUACAUGUACGACCUCCUGGGGCGCUUUCCCCACCCCAUUUCUCUCUAUCAACAUCUUCCGCAUCUUUCAACGAUUCCCGUGAAGGCCUUGGAAGAGGUCGCGGUGCAACGCCUCCGCGUCCUGAACUUUCUCCACGAGAAGUUCGGCGCCGAGACAUCUUUGAGUCCUGCGGUUCUUCGAGAAAUGGGGGCAAGGAAGCCGAACACAACUCCUGCUGCAUGCGCAGCGCCUGGCAGCCUCAGAGCUCCCACAGCAGAGGCCGAGUUGAAGCAGCUUCUUGAAGAGGCGGGACUGAUGCUGGCUCGACCGGUCGGAGGAGCAGCUCCUGCGCCUUCUCCCGAGCUCACGCAGGCGGUGGCAAUGCGCGACGCCAUCUCGCACUUCGCUCUGCGCCUUGCCUUCAGCACAGACAAAGAGAGACAACAGUGGUUUGUUCGACAGGAAGCCCGUCUCUUCCUUUAUCGCCUCGAGGAGCUGAUGAAGUUUCGAGGCGACUCACCUGGAACAGGCUUCGAGCGAGACCAGCCGUUUGACGAGUUCCUUCGACGAGAGGGUCUCGACUACGACUUUGUCACUCGCCCGCAACGUCCAGACUCCCCCGCGAUGGCUCUCUGGCAGCGCGCCACGGAGUUCCGCGGCGCCGACGCGUCUGCGGCGUACUCUUAUCAGGAACUCCGUCUCUUUCUUGUUCCCUUUUACCCCGAUGCGGCGUCUCUGGUUGCCCGACGCCGGGUGUACAUCCACCGCUUUAUCGCCUACGUCCCUUUCACAGACAUGGACCAAGUUCUGCUCGGCAAGUUCAAAUCGGUGCUGUCGGAAUGCUUUUCGCUCCUCGACUCUCGACAGAGUACCCUUCAGACAAACGUUUUCGGAGACGCACGAAUUGGCGAGCUGCUGAUGGCCAUUCCGACAGUGUACAUUGGAAAGGACUUUCGCAAGGACGCCGUGGAGACUGCUGAAGAUCGUCUCACUCCACAAAACGUCAAAGACGUCUGGCGCAGUUCCUUCCCGCCGUGCAUGCGUCGCCUCUUUGGGGCCUACAUGCGCGACCACCACAUGCGUCACUCUGGCAGACUUCAACUGUGGCUUUUCUUCAAAGGCGCAGGGAUGAAGUUGGAAGAGAAUCUCCAGUUCAACCGAGCGCUGUGGCAGGACGCCCAGAAGUUCGACCGAGAACACUCUUACACCCUACGGCACAUCUACGGCCAGGAAGGAAAGCGGGCAGACUAUCCGCCUCUCAGCUGCUCAAAAAUCAUUUCUGGAGGAGGCAUGCUUCAGACGCCGGGCGUCGGCGACUUCCACGGAUGUCCCUUCAAGCACUUUGACAAGCCGCAACUGCAGAAGCUGCUCACCGAGUUCGGCCUCAGCUUCAAUCAACUGCUGCCGGUCUUGAAGUACAAAGACACCAACGAAUAUCAGCUGGCCUGUCGCGAAUUCUUCAUGCAAACGCACCCUGGAAGCGAAGGUGAAGGCGUAGGAAAUCAUCCAAACCACUUUUACGAGGCGAGUCGACGCUACGCGCGACGGCAGGCGGGUCCCUCUGCGGUCUCUCCCGCCGAGGCGAACAGCGAGAAAGUGAAAGAAGAAGAUGCGAAUCUUGCAUGAGAAAAGAAAGACUGGGGCGUUCGUCUCCAAGUCGCGUGCAUGUGGCGUUUGUCGUUGCUCCUCACGAGCAGGGAAAACUGAGAAAGAGCGAAAGGUCUCUGGGGCCAGAACGAAAAUGCGGGUGCGUAUGGAGGCUGCAGUCGGACGUGGAUGCAUCUGCACAAGGCGCUUCUGACGUAGAUCGAAAAACGCGGGGAUGAGAUCUGGAGCUCUUCUCGGCGCGUACAAAGAUCGUCUCAGCUAAGAGGGGUCUGUCUGGAGACCAUGUCGAUCUGUGGGGCUUCUGAAGGCGAGAAGAGAGUUCCGAAACAGAGAAACUUCGGGAGAAGGGUGAAAAAGGUGAGGGAAAGGGGGGAUGCAGAGCAGCUCGUCGAUUUUUUUUCAAGAAACGGGGCUGUCGCUUUCUUGAUUGGGUCUGUGGAAGAGACAUGAGUUUCGCAAGUGCAGAUGUAGAGGGGAGAAAGUCUGCAAGUAAGAAAUGAAGUUUCAAUUCGCCAAAUGCCCACCGAGUUUCCUGUAGGGGUGCGUCGUGCAAAUUUUUCUUGUUCACGACGACAGAACGCGAUUGCCGCCAG